CAGACAUCUUGUCUCUGUUGGAUGUUGCUGCUCCUGAAGAAGCCUGACUCAUGGACCUGCUCUCGGUUGUUCAAUUAUGCCUCAAGAACAAGUAUGUACCUUAGCUUGCUAAUCGACCUGCUCCUCUAUUCUCUCCAUUUUCAGAAAAGUUCAUUUAUGAUGGAGGACCGAAAGUGGAUGUAUAUUGACAACCGAACUUCUGAAGAAUACUUAUCUGGUGUCAAGUCAUUCAUAUCUGCAGUAGAGGCUGAUAUGUUGAGUCAAAACAAGUCCUCUAUGUUCUGCCCGUGCCGCGAUUUUAAGAACAUCAAGGAGUACAGAAACUCGCUGCAUAUUCAUGCUCAUCUCAUCAUUCGGGGAUUCAUAAAAAAAUACAAGUACACGUGUUGGAACAAACAUGGUGAGAUAGGAGUCAAUGAUGGAGAGCUGGAUGAAGAUCUCCCAGACAAGCAGCCGGACCAAGAUGAUAUGCAUACAUGUCAAGAUCUCAGUGACCACGAUGUUGUUGAUAUCAGUGGCAACUGUGCCCGUGUGAUUGAAAAUUUGGAGGAGAUGGUCCGUGAUACCAUGGAGAAUGAUGAUGACAUUGAUGGGGAGUUUGCUAAGUUGAAACAACUAGUGAGAGAUGCGAAGAUCCCAUUGUAUCCUGGUUGUAAGGAAAAGUAUACAAAGUUGUUCAUGAUGCUCAAGCUUUUGCAGUUGAAAGCGACCCAUCAUUGGACUGACCGAAGCUUCAAGGCAUUGCUGGAUCUACUACAUGAUAUGCUUCCAGAGGGGAAUGAAAUACCUAGGUCCACCUACGAUGCUAAGAAGAUUAUUUGCCCUAUGGGAUUGGAAGUAGAAAAGAUACACUCAUGUAAGAAUGAUUGCAUCCUAUUCUGUGGUGAUAAUACGGAUUUGACUGAAUGCCCAGAGUGUGGAGUCUCUCGAUACAAGCGUAGAAAAGAUGGUGGCGAUGAUAAAAGAAAGAAUGGAGCUCCUCGUAAGGUGGCAUGGUAUUUCCCAGUAAUACCCCAUGUGAAGCGCAUGUUUGCAAGUAAGAAGGAGGCUCAGUUGUUGCGCUGGCAUAAGGAAGGGCGCAAGGAUAACGAUAAUUAUCUACGGCAUCUAGCUGAUUCUGCCCAGUGGAGAAACUUCAAUGUGAUAUAUGGAAAAUUUGCAGAUGAUCCAAGAAAUAUUCGGUUUUGCUAUCUAUAUACAAUCUUCCGAUUUGGCUCUGUAACAAGAGAAAGUAUAUCAUGAUGCCACUUCUAAUGUCAGGCCCGCAUCAGCCAGGCAAUGACAUUGAUGUGUACCUCAGACCGCUUGUGGAUGAUCUCAAAAAACUUUGGUUACCUGGUGUUGAGGAUGUCUUCGAUGGGUACAAGCAAGAGCGCUUGUGGAUGAUCUCAAGUCCUGAGGAGUUUGAAGUGCCAACCGACCCCCUCGGCGAGAGUGAGCUAUCAAGUAUUCGGGGAGGAUUGGCCGCCGUUGUAUUGUCCCAAGUCAUCAACAAGAAGGGAGAGUUUCAUUGUGCCAAUCCAUCUUCUGUGAACUAGUCAAACUGCUAGUCCACCAAGUUCCAUAUGUGAAUCUACCUAUGUAACUGUGAUGUGACUUGUUUAUCUACCUAUGUAACUGUUAUGUGACUUGUUUAUCUACCUAUGUGAGUAUGUGAGACUUGUUUGUGAACUCGCACCAAGUUACUUUAUGAAACUAUGAUGCGACUUGUUUAUGAACCUGAAAUGUUCUGUCUGAAUGUUUCUGAAAUGUGAACCUAUUCUGUCUGAAUGUUCUGGUUU